GCAAUCGAGGAAAUUCAGUCAGUGAGUGGGGAAACUAUUAUGUGAAUGAUAUUGCCCCGGCAUGAUCAUUUUGUCGUUAUCUGCUUGAUAGCUGCUUGGCCAAUUUAUUGGGUUGCCAUGGAGCAUGAGGUUGAAAACAGGUCCGAUCAAAGUUCGGCUUGUUAUGUCUUGCAAGUCAACGUCCACCGAUUUUGAAAGUACUGUCAGAGAAGCCUGUGAGCUAGUGGAGUGAGCCACUGUAGCUAGUUAGCUUGCUAUGUUGUUAUCGUACAGAUAGUAAGCUUAACCAGCCAUCAACAUGAAACAUGUGGCCUCUUUAUUAGUUAUUGUUUUAUGGGUUUUCAUUUGCUGGCCUAGUGUAGAAAGCAGAAAUGGAUACUCGUAUGCAGAUUGUACAUAUUUGAAAGAAAAUGAGGAUACAACAAUGUAUGGACGUCGAUGUUUUUGUUAUAACUCUGGUAGAGGGAUAAAAUGGAAAGACAUCUGGUCCACUUUUCAGGUUCGUGUUACGGGCAAUGACAACGAUGAUGUUGUGGCUGUGUACCCGAUGGAGACGAGGAAUUGUCACGACCCCGACGACCUUCUCAUGUUGGCCAAGUGCACCGUGGAGCACUACUGGCCGCCCGCAGUGGAGCGAGGGAAGACCCUGGACAUACCGCUGGUGGAGGAGGACGUCUGCUUCAUGGUCAAGAGCCCUAGAGCCAGCACAGAGUACACACUCCACGUGUCUGGCAAAAGGUUGAAUAAAAUGCGGUUUGCUCUCUUCAUUGGCGGGCUGCUCUUGUUCUGCGUUGCUGGGAGUAUUUGCAGGAGCUCCGUCUUCUAUUACACUACUGGAGUUACGUUUGGCAUCGUUUCCAUUUUAUUGCUGCUGCUUUUCGUCAUGAAAAACUUCAUUCCAAAAAGAGGUGUGUUCUUGGCAUUUUUUGGUGCCAGCACCGGCGUUUCCUACCUGGGCUUUCAGAAGGUGAUGGUAGCGUGGGAGGACAUCACGAAGAACUACUGGCGGGAGAUGCUGGGCUACCUUGCAGUAACGAGCUUCAUCAGCUUUGCGCUGUGCUACAAGCGCGGCCCCAUCACCUGUGAGCGAACUCUGACCUUGAUGUCCUGGUGCGUGCAGAGUGUCGCCCUGACCAUGCUGUGGGCGGGCAUCUGCUACCCUCCGGCUGCCUACACCCUGGUGGGGGCGCUGAUGAGCUUGAGGCUCCUGCCUCUGGUGGGCACCAUUCUGGGAGCCCUCUGCAGGUUGAUUCAGAACCUUCUCUGCUCUUUCCUGGGCCUGUUCCGGCGCCGGCGCCGGCCCGUGACCCGGUUCCUGACAGAGGAGGAGUACCGAGAGCAAGGGGAGGUGCACACCCGUACUUCGCUGGAACAGCUGAGGGAACACUGCCGAAGCCCAGGGUUCCCCGCAUGGGACACGGUUCUCAAACUCGGCAACCCACAGAGGUUUGCAGACUUUUUGCGUGGCGGUUCGCAUGUGGACGCGGUGGAACAGGAGUCGCACGAGGUGCAUUACGGUUUGGGCGGUGCCUACUACGAGAACGUGCUCUUCAAUGGCGAGUGCAAUCACGGCUGGGGCCUGCACCACGGCAACGGAGACGACCUCAACGGCAACGGCGGCGGCGGUGGCGACAUUAGCGAGGAUGAGCUGGAGUCAUACUCCCGGGCGCCCCCAACACUCAACCCCAUUCCCACCCCCAGCCCGACCCUGCUCAGUUUCCCUACUUACACCCCUCCUCCAGCCCCCCCUUCCCAGUUUUGCCCCUACCCUCCCGCCCCAGUCACUUCCCUCUACCCUCCGCUCCCGGAGCCCAUGGACGUGGAGGAGGAGGAGGACCUCUUCUGAGCCGCACAGUGCCAGCGGUUUGGACGCUCACAUGACCAAUUUGGGAUCCCUCACUGGCGACUUCCUGCCAAAGCCAUGGUCAAAAGUUUUUCGAAAUUUCUGGAAAAGUCACUCUGGAGUGCACUGAUUUACUGACCGUAGUCUGGUUUUAGGUGAGGCUGGAUACAGAGGACUCUAUAGUUUCAGUGAUAUCUGUCAAUGUUCUGUGGUUUUGUUUAGUUUUUUUAUUCUUGCAUUU